GGGACGGAGCUCGGCGGACAGGACGUGUCUCUCCCGUCCUGGUCUUGGAUGUAAAGAGAAUUUAGAAACAGUCAGAGCAGGUGGGACGGGAGACGUGUCUUGUCCCCAUUCCUCUGAGAUGGACGUUGGAGUGUCCAAGUCCCACGUCUUUGUCAACUACAGCCCCAGAGCGCUGCUGUCCCAGUGGAGCCUCCCGGCCGGCGUUCGGCGACUCAUGGACGCAGUGAAGGAGGGACGGAGCGGCCUGGGCCCGGCCAGGGCCCUGGCCGUGGCCGCGGGCCUGUCGCUGGGCGCCACGGUGGGCUACAUGCUGUACCGGCACGUCAGCGGAACCAGCACCGAGCCGGACCCGGACCCCACCGUGUCCACCGUGACCCUGCCGCUGGAGGCGUACCGGAGCCUGUCCAGACAGCAGGGCCAGUUCGUGGACCUGGUGGCCCACAAGUCCGGGGCCCAGGUGAAGGUGGUGUCCUCCUGCGAGGACGCCGGGGACCAGGCGGACCAGGCGGACCUGUCCGUCCAGCUGCAGGGCACCACGGAGCAGGUCCUGCUGGCCCGCUGCGUCCUGGAGAACCUGGUCGCCGACUGUGAGCCCGUCUCCGAGGUGCUGGAGGUCCCUCAGACCUGCCUGGGCCGGAUCAUAGGGCGUGGUGGAGAGAGCUUGAAGACGAUCACCAGGACUACAGGGACCAAGGUGUGGUGCUCCAGAAAGAGGUCCGGCGGCCCCGGGGCCAUGGAGAGGGUGACCAUCUCAGGGAGCAGGCGGGAGGUGCAGCAGGCCAAGGAGCUGAUCCUGGAGAAGGUCUCUGAGCACCAGACGGUGAGGACCAUGAUCUCCAAGUCCUCGGCUCAGCGCCACAGACGGGGACAGACGGUCUCCACCCCGCCCGAAGCUCCGCCCCUCUGCCUGAACAACAACGGGCCCGUCUGCAAGGAGAAGAACGGGGCCCUCUACCCCCCCGGGACCAACGGGGGGCCAGGGGGGGUCCUGAAGGAGACGGGGGAGCUGAGCCUCUGCUGCUCCGACAGCAGGGGGGAGGAGGAGGAGGAGGAGGAGGAAGAGGAGGAAGAGGAGGAAGAGGAGAGCCCCUCCACAGAGUCGCUGCUGGAAACCUCCAAGUUUGAAAUCCCCAGCCCUGACCUGAGCUUCCAGCCCGACGAGCACCUGGAGGUCUACGUGUCUGCGGCGGAGAACCCGAGCCACUUCUGGAUCCAGAUCCUGGGGGUCCGCUCGCUGCAGCUGGACAAGCUGACUGAGGAAAUGACCCGGUUCUACGGCAGCGCCAGCCCCACCGACCAGGCCGUGGAGUCCCUGCUGGUCGGGGACAUCGUGGCGGCGCCGUACCAGGACCACGGCACCUGGAACAGGGCCCGGGUCCUGGGCGUGCUGGACUCCGGCCUGGUGGACCUCUACUACGUGGACUUCGGGGACAAUGGGGAGCUGCCCAGAGACGGCCUCCGGCGCAUGAGGAGCGACUUCCUCAGCUUGCCCUUCCAGGCCAUCGAGUGCAGUUUGGCCGACGUGAGGCCCAAAGGAGACACCUGGACCGAGGACGCCCUGGACCUCUUCGACCAGCUGACCCACUGCGCCCAGUGGAGACCCCUGCAGGCCAAACUGUGCAGCUACUCCCACUCCGAGGCCUCGUCCUGGCCCAGCGUCAGGCUCUACGACGACAGCCAGGGCAAGAUGCUGGACAUCGGCGAGGAGCUGAUUCUCCGGGACCACGCCGUCCGCUUCCAGGAGACUCUGGACGGGAAGACGGAGGGCGAGAACCUGGGCUGCCUGCAGAGGAUGCUGGAGGACGUGAUCGGAGCAUCGUCUGAGCUCAGUCUGUCCUGCAUCAGUCUGUCAGAAGCUGCGUCCAUCUCGGGAAGCGUUGACGACGUGAUCGAGGACGAGCUGCUCUGAGACCAAACCUGAAGGAUCGCCCAGCAGGAGACACUCCGCCCUCUGGUGGUGAACCCUGACCCCCCUGACCUCCCUGACCUGCUCCUCAGCCUCUUCCUGUGCCGUCCUGCUGCCUCUUUAGUUCAGUUUGAAGACAAACCGCGGAGUCCUCUGUCCUCCUCAGGAUGGCCCAGUGGGAGACAAGCUGUCCCCCAUGUCCUCCUGAUGGUGACCCCUGACCUCCCUGACCCGCCCGUCUCUUUGGUUCAGUUUGAAGACAUGCAGAGGAACAGGGAGCACUGUGUCUGCUGCAUUUCUGUUUUCUCAUCUUACAUAUUUUCACAGUUUAGACAGAGAGUGUUCUGGAAUGUGGAGCUUAGUUUUGUUCAGAAGGAAUACACUUUAUUUUGAAAGGAAUAAUAGAAUAUAUAAACAUGCACACAUAUAUAAAAUAAAGGAUUUAUUUUAUUUGACAAGU